UUUGCUGUAUCACUAUUCACUCUUGUCUCUUGUUUUCUUUUUGUAUUUUCCUCUUUUGGGAGGUGUAUCUCACUUAUUUUGUGCAUCAAAUCACGCAAUUUUAUUGAAUAUUGCUGUUUUAUUAUCAUAUGACGGCCAUAAUAUGGCUACAACAAAGACAGAUUGUCUAAAAGAAACAGUGUCAGUGUUAAUAAAUGCAAUAGGGGAUACCGACAACUCCGUUAAUAAUGUGGUGAUUAAAUCGUUGACUAAAAUAGCAAACUGUUAUCCAAAUGAAUUCAUAGAGAUAUUUUGUGAAUUUUACAAAAAUACAGUCAAACCAAAUACAACUCAGUUGGGAAAUAUAGUCAAGGUUCUAGAACAAACAUGCGUGAACCAAGUAAAGAGACUGGAGGAGCGAACAGCUUCGGAAUUGGUCACAUCAAUGUUACGUGCCAUGAUAGAGAACCCUUCCUACGAGCCGGUCGUGCAGAUGGGAGCCUCGGCCGUGUUGGUGGCAGUCAGCCAUGAACAUCUGGAUCUGGUACUACGCUCGCUCAUAAACCAGCUUUCCCCCGCGUCUGUACCGCACUACACGGUAGCCCACACCCUGGGCACGCUGGCGGCAGUCAACACGCACGGCCUGGUGCCGCACGUCAAGGAGAUCCUGGGCAAAAUGCUGCCCCUGUUGUCUCUGGUCAAGCAAGAUGGCGUCAAGCAGGCGUUUGCUUAUGCGUUCGGCCACUUCGCCAUUGCCGUGUCGGAGCAAAUAGGCGACAACGUCGAGAACGACAACAUAACAGCCAUAAAGGACAAUUUUGUCACGGAGUUUUCAAUCAUCUUUGACGUGCUGUACAACCAAUGGCUGCCUUCACACGAACACAAAGUCUCCGAAUCAGUCCUCGAAGCCCUAGGCCCCAUCACCAGGCUCAUACCAGAACGACAAUUCAAUGAAACAGUCAAUAAAUUUGUACUGUCAUUACUCUCAUUGUACAGAAAACCAAUAAUUAAUUUCUACUGCAUCAGUCAAUGUAUAUCGUAUUUACUCUCGCCAUCGCCCCUAAACCCCAAACUGACAUUGAACGAAAACGUAAUAAACUCUAUAAAUCAUGUUCUUUUCAACUUGGUCCUUCUUGAGCCGGAUUAUGAUCAGCCCCACACAGUUAAAAAUCAUUUCGAAGUGUUACGAUGCUUCGAUCAUAUGGCCGGACAGUUUCCAGAACAGACUAUAGAAAGUUUACUUCACCAAUGCAAAAACAACCAAGAAAAGGACAGAAUGAAAGCGGUGAUAAUUCUAACCCAUCUGACCACUUCGUCACAAGUUUUCGUCGAAAAUUAUGCGAAGAAAUUCAUAGCUUUACUAAAAGUUAUGACAAAUAUGGAACAGGGAUUAAAAAUGAAGAAAUUGUUAGUAAAAGCUAUUGUCGGUUUAGUUUACAGAAAUUGCAUAGUGUCGACGGAAGAUUUCGCUAUGAUCGAGUUUAUUGUAAAACAUUGCAGUUAUGAAGCUAAUUCAAAUGUGACCAAACAUGAUUUAACUGAUUUACAUGACACUUGCAAGAGUUCUUUAAUAUUAAUGUGCAAUACUGUAACUAGCGUGCGUACGCAACUGAGGAACUUAUUACUGACGGCUCUAACUGUGGAUGAUUUCACUGCUUCGAUGUCUACCGUGAGCCACUGCCUUACAUCGUUGUUACAAAACAAUUCUGAUGCCACUGAAGAUACGACAAAAAAUAUAGACGAAUUCAAAUGCAAUCCAGAUCUAGUUUUCAUAAGAUGCAUAACGCAUGUAGUAGAACCAGACGCGACGGAGAAAAAUAAGAAUCUAUUAAUGUUUCUGGAAGAAUAUUCAGGUGAUAUACAUAGGAAUCUCAAGAAUUCAUGGACAGUGGAAAUUCAGAGGUUGUUGAAGUUUGUCGAUAAAGCGGAACCGAGAGAACAGUGGCAUAACAUGUUGUUGGACUUGCUGGUUUCGGCAGUAGAGCAAGUGAACAAUAGCAAAUGGGUGGAAACCAUAGCGAUGCUGAUAACACAGCAGGUUGUGGCCAAAAAGCAACCGCCAAUGGUGAAAGGAGUGUCACUGCAGUACUUAGCGGUGUUGUCAUGCCACAUAGCCAAUGCAGCGGUAGUCGAGAACGUCCUAAAGAUUAUCCUAUUAGCUCUGAAGUCAAUACCUAUGGAGGGCUGCGAGUAUGUGAGCAACGCUGUAGGAAUCGCAGCUAGACAACACGGAGAAUUCAUUUUGAACGAAUUAGAUGCUAUUUACAAAGAAAACGAAGGUAGAAGAGGCAACAAAAUUCUUAAUUUCUUAUCAUCGAGAAAUGCUAAAAAUGAAUUAGAAUUGAAUAUCGUGAAGUAUACGUUGAUAACGUGCUACGGCAGAGUGGCAACGGAGUGUCUAGACGUGCAUGUUUUAGCAAGAUUAGGCGAUAACGUUACCACGAUUUUGUAUGAGAUCUUGAAGACCGCACCACAAUUCGACUUGUGCAAAGCUAGUGUUACUACUCUGUACCAAAUUAGCAAGGCUUUACAACCGGCGGCGCAUCAUAAUGUUGCCUUGAGGAAUCGUUGGCAACUUUUGAACGCUGUUUUGGAACAAAUCUACAACUCCAAUUUGGAUAAGCGCAACGUUGAAUUGUUCCCUAUGAUUGUGAAGGCUUCAAAAGCAUUGACGAAGCUGCAGAAAGGAAUACUGCCAGAGGAGAGAAACACAAUAUUGCGCGUACUGUUCAAUAGUAUUUUUGGAGAAUUGUCAUCCUUCAAGAGGAAAUAUGAAAUCGAAGGCAACGGUGAUAAGAAUGACUUGCUAGCUAAGACUUUGAACGACAGUUUGACUUUACUUCACCAGUUGAUACGGGAGUUGAUAAUCCAAUCGACAUGUUUGAGCACAAUCGAUGAUUUAAUCGGCCUUUUAACCGAAUGGCUGAGAAACGAAAACGAUGAAAUUCGAACGGCGUCCGUGCUGAUUCUCCAAGUAGUAUUCGAUACUUACAUUAAAAACGUGAAAUUGAAUUACGAGACUCCAAGCAAAUUUGGUCAGAUGGGUUACCUACUAGGGUUAGUGGUUCCUGGUGUGGCAGACACGAAUUUCCCAGUGAGAUUAACGACGGUUGAUUGCAUAAAAUUGAUAAUUCAAAUACAAGAUCUUUACGAAGGUCACACAGUGGAACCGGACGACGAAUGUAUGGGCAACUUGGCAAAUCUGCAGAAUAAUAUAUUAACUAAUGACGUGAACAUGAUUAGUGACUAUUGUAUGGCUCUAUGUGAUACGAUUACUGUUAAGAUACCUCACCAGCACACAAUGCAGUUUAUCGAGAGUUUGUUAGAAGGCUAUGACGAUCACGAGUUGAGGAGUGUUGGAAUUAGUUCAGUUUUGGAUGCGUUUAUCACGAAGAAGGGCCAGGAUUUGUACCAGAGUAUAGAGCGGAUAGUUGAGGUGAUGUUGAGCACGAUGGACGCGGUUGAUGUGGAGGCUAGGAUGAGGCUGAUGAAGCCGUUGACGUCGUUGACCAGGCAUCACUCCAAUGCUGUGACGGCGGUGCUGUUGGCUCAACGGAUCCCUUUGAAAGAAUGCGUAGUGUCUUGCUGGCGUUCAUUAGCGAAAGACGUGGCGUUGUCCGCUGCGAUAGUGGAGAACUUCCUACGACUAAUGGGGUCCAUAGAAUUGUAUGAGGACCCUUAUCACAUCACUGACAACCACAUAGCUGCGCUUCAACCAUUGACGCUCAUAAGUGCCUUAGGCGAGAUGCUGCAAGAACCAGCGAUGAGACCCAUCUGUCUCAACAAGUUUCCCGAACUGUUCUCAGUGUUGUACACAACAUUGGCAUGUUAUAUGGACGCUGAGCCGCCGGCGUAUGUGAUACCCACCAACAGGCCCCAGGAGAGGUUCGGAUUCAUUCCCAACAGGGACGCUAUAAAGCUGUCUCCCGCUAAGAUCACAGUGCACACUUUCAACGCGUUUCUCGAUCAGGCCGACUGUCAAAAGGUAAAAGAAGCCUGCUCCCUAUGCCUGAGCGUGGAACAUGGCGACUCCUCAAGCACCCUCCUGGAACUGGCGCCAAUACUGAGCGGCGCCCUCUGUCGGUGGUGUCCGGCGCAACUCGCGAAAUUGGUGUCCAGGGUGGCGCAAUAUUCAAGGUCACCGCUCCCGCCGCAAAGAUGGGCGGCCCUGGCUUUGUUGGCGGACUUCUUGAACUAUAGAUGUAACGACAAUGCCGUGUUAGUCGAGACAGUGCUAGCCACUCUCAACACGGGCUGGAAAGACUCGCAUCCGCUAGUCCGGUGUUGCAGUCUCCGCGGCGCCGCGAACGUGUCGCGCCUGCAACAUGUUGCGCAACAACACGCGCUGCCUGCCGCACUCGCCGCAUUAAACCAGGCGUUAGAUGAGCAACACUCGUUAACGCCAAUAGAAUGCGUCCCCUUAGCCGCGAUGCAAGGUCUCAGCCGGUUGUUGAUCGAGACCGAGAAGAUAGACAGAGAAUUUGAGAGAGAGCUGCUGGCGAUCUCUCAGAAAAUACGACCUUUCAUGAACACUGAGUGCGCACAGUUGAGGGAGAAUUCUAUCAGGUUAUUCGGCAUCAUAGCUCACAUGGUGAAGUCGGAAUCGCUGGUGGAGCAAGCAGUGAGCUCGCUGCCUUGUUUCUUGUUGCACCUCUGUGACCACAACCCGGCCGUGGUCAGGGCCAGCAAGUUCACGCUUAAGCAAGUGUUCAAGACGUUCAACGUUAAGAAAUCCAACGAUUUCGUUCAAACUCAUCUCCUGGAUGAAGGUAGACUUUAUUUGGACGAGUUCCUGGCGGCUCUUCUAAGGCAGCUGGCCGAUGAAAUGCCUUCUAGUGUGGUGAGGUGUCUGAACACGGCGGUGAAUUAUCUACAUUGCGCCGCCGACGAUAUGAAGCCGCACCCUCCUUUGUUGAUAGGAUUACUUUACGCAGAAUUAUACCGCAUCAGAUCCGAACACCCUGAGGUCACUGAACUUGACAGUGACGUCACCCGGACAGCCAGAACUCGCCUGUUGCAGCUUCUCAAAGACAGCAACCCCCAAGUGAGACAGAACUCUGCUAUGGCGCUGGCUAACAUCUGCUUGGUCUGUGCCGAAUGACUGAGGUUUAAGUUAAGUUUUUCAUGUUAUAAGUUGGUGUUUUAAUUAUUUGUAACCAUAUUUCGUACUGGUUGUCUCUAUCAGAUCAGACUUAACUGGUCUACACUUCUUAAAAUAUAACUCUGUUGCCCGUGAAUACGCCCGCGUGUUCGUCUCUCUUUGCGUAAUCCCAACAUUAUAUUAAGGGUCGAUUUCUGAAAAAAUAGUAACUUAUUUUAAAACGCGGCUUUUCAUCUAUAUGUAUAUCAAAUUUCAUUCGAAUCUGUCCAGCGGUUUAGCUGUGACGGGAUUUCGCAUUUGUAAUAUUAGUAAGGGACUAGAAUAACAACGAGACAGAUAUACCUACCAUUAUAAUGCAGGAGCGACAAAGAUAGAACAUCAAGAACGAAGAAGAAGAACUUCUGAUGUAAGGAAAAAAAGAGAAGAUUUGUAUCUUCAUGAGGUACUUACGAUUUGGAUCUGUUCACCUCAGUUUAAUAAUCUGUUACCUUAACAGUUCGACUAAUUAAUUAGUUGAUCGAAUAUGCCUUAAAAACUGGUCAUAAUUACGAUGUAUAUCGGGCAUGAAUGUUAAGACAUUUAUUGAAUGUAAUUAGAAAUGGGUGCCUUUUGAAAUUAAAUUAUUAUUUUCCUUCAAGUUUUUUGAAAUAUCGCUAGGUAGGAUUCCUAUUUAACCAAUGUUUUCAAAUAUCAACUAUGACGUGGCUUAUACGACUAUUAACUUAUAAUAACUGUCCGAAAUUUUCAUAAUAUCAACCUUAACAAUAUCGAAAUUAAGUCUUUUGUAUGCCUGUCUUUUAUGUUUUGGGAAACAAUUUUUGACAAGAAGUGAAUAACUUCUGAAAAUAUGCGUUGACAUGUCGACCGCCAUGCUAAGCAUUUAAAAUAUGGUCAAUGUCUAAUAAAUUAAAUAAAUAUAUAUAAUUUAAAUAAAUAUCGAGGUUUAAGGCGAACAAAUAUAGUUACGUUAUGUUAAUGUUAUUAUGAAAUUUAUUCAAAAUUGCUUACUAUUGUUGGUUAUUUUUUGACUCUCACUUAAAUAAGAGACUGAAAAAUGUUGAUGUAAAUAUAAUUAAGACUAUCAAAACUUUUUACAGUGCUAUCUAUAAUCCAUCAAACUAUACAUAGACGACCGAUACAUUUUUUCUUUUACCAAAUCUGUAAAAAAUGCCUUACAUACAUACAUUAUAUCUCAUCAUCAGAGAUCGGAAUAGGUAGAUUGAUUUUAUGUACUUGCAUCAUGAAUUACCAUAGAAAGCAUAACAUGGAUAAGCCUCUUUUCCGGGAUUCCAUUUCAGUACUUACACUUACAGUAAACUACAUUGUCCGCGGGUAACAUAGGACUACAAUUUACGUGAACGAAGUCGGGGGAAAACAGCUACCACUAAUAUAUUCUUCAUCCCACUUGUAAAAAUUCCGGAAAAAUCUUAAUAAUUUACAAAUCCCGCAAUCCUGGAGGCAUGUCUAUAUUAAUAUAUACGUUUCAGUUCAUUGACCCCAAUUCAAUCUACCUAUUCCGAUCUCUGCUCAUCAUGUACUCUUUCACAGACCCUAAGCCUUGAAGCCAACAAUUAAUUUUAAAAUCUUUAUUGCAUAACAUAUAGUACAUCAGUUGAAUUACAGUCACUGCUUAUAAGUAGGUACAAUAUGAACCCUGUUGGACAUCGCAAUUUUAAAAUAAUAUGGAACGGCUAAAAAAGGUUUAUAUCGGCUUUAAUAUUUAAUUGUAAAAAGUCGAUAGCCAGUAGAGGCACGUCGGAUAGUUAUUUAAGAGGCGCCUCGUACAGAGUUCUAUUCAUCUCUUUCUUAUCUUUGUGUGUUCCCACUUGUACCAUCAAACCCAGAGCUUCAAGACCUUGAAUCAAUAUUAUUGUAUAUUUAAUUAGUUUAUUCCUUUUAAAUAAGUAUCGUUUUAAAGCGGAUGCCUAAAGGCUCAUUUACAAAGUGCAAUGCGAGCCGUUAAGUUAAAAGUACAACUUAAGGCUUAAAAAUUAUUGUACUACUUUCAAGUGCGUGCUAUUAAUGGUAUUUUUAGAUGUGCUAGAUUUAAAUCUCUUCAGGUUAUUUGUAAUAAAUAAUAAUAAUAGAUAUGAUCCCGUAUUUUUUCGUAACGGUGUAAAUAAAGCCUCAGGUUGUUAAACAUAGGAGCUUUUAUUUAUUAGCUUUUGAUUCAUUAAUUAAAACUACUUUAUUGUUAAAGAAAUUACUUUAUUAAGAAAUAAAUUUAUGAAGAACGCUAAAAACAGACGGUGCAAUAAAUGCUAUGAAAAAAUUACUUACAAAAUAUAGAUUAAGUGUAUAAGCUAUUUUAUGUUUUUUAUAGUUCGUUACAAUAUAAAUAUAAUAAAUUUUACCCAGUAGUUGGAACACGACGAAGCUAAAAUAAAAUUAUCAAACAAUAAAUAGCUCUUAAUUAAAUAAUGUAUGAAGAUCAAUUAAAAAAACAAUUUGUUAUCAAAAAUAUAUGAAAAACAGUUUAUAAAAAUUGCUUCGCUGAAUGCAAUCGAUUUUAGUCAUAUGAUGUGAUAAGUAAAUGUUUUUGUUUAGGUAUUAUUUUUAGUUUUAAGUUUAAUGUUUAACCAGCAUAGUAGAAGGCGGUGUUCGCAUUUCAAUAAACGUUCCAGUUAUA